UGUGGGGCGCCGCGCUGCCUGGACCGCCCUGGGCGCUGCCUUCCUCCUCCUCCUCCUCCUCCUCGCCCGCCCCGGCCCGGCUCCGCUCGCCAUGGGAGAUGUGGUCUCCACGCACCUGGACGAGGGUCGCCGCCAGCACAUCGCCGAGAGGACGGGGAAGGUGCUGGGCGAGUUCUGCCGGUGCUAUAAGGAGCAGUUCGGGGUCGCGCUCUUCAACAGUGUCCGCUAUGAGAUCGAAGGCAAUGGGGGGCCCCAGGCUCAGCUGCUGCACCGCAAGGUGCCCCUCGAGGACCACGUCAUUUACUCGGGCAACCUCUUCCACUACAUCGAGGAGAACAAGAAGUGGAGGAACCGCUUCUGCGUGGUCCCACACAACUACGGCUUGGUCCUCUAUGAGAACAAACUGGCCUACGAGCGGGACCUGCCGCCCCGGCUGCUGAUCAACAGCGCUGGCUACAAGAUCCUCACCUCAGUGGACCAGUACCUGGAGCUGGUGAACAGCAGCCUGCCCGGUGUGACACCCAAACUGGGGCAGACCCCCAUCUUUAAGUGCCCCACGGAUUUCCCCCUCAUCCUCUGGCACCCCUAUGCCCGGCACUAUUACUUCUGUGUGAUGACAGGCAAGGAGCAGGAGAAGUGGAGAGCAGUGUUCCAGGACUGUGUACGGCACUGCAACAAUGGCAUCUCCGAGGACUCCAAAGUGGAGGCUCCAGCCUUCACGGAUGCAAUCCGCAUGUACCGCCAGUCGAAGGAGCAGUAUGGCACAUGGGACAUGCUGUGUGGCAACGAGACCCAGGUCCUGAGCAACCUGGUGAUGGAGGAGCUGCUUCCCGAGCUCAGGAAUGCCAUCGGGCCCCGUCUGAAGGGCAAAGCACAGGAGCGCCAGCGGACAUGGAUCCAGAUCUCAGAUGCUGUCUAUAGGAUGGUCUAUGAGCAGACCAAUGCCCAGUACGAUGCAGCGAUGGCCAAGUGCGAGCAGGAGCGGCCCCAGAUGGAGAGCAUUAUCCGCACAGACAUGGACCAGAUCAUCACCUCCAAGGAGCACUUGGCCAGCAAGAUCCGAGCGUUUGUCCUCCCCAAAGCGGAGGUGUGCGUCCGUAACCAUGUCCAGCCCUACAUCUCCUCCAUCCUGGAGGCCCUGAUGACCCCCACGAGCCAGGGCUUUGCCGAGGUGCGGGAGGUGUUCUUCAAGGAGGUGACAGACAUGAACAUGAACAUCGUCAAUGAAGGUGGCCUGGAGAAGCUGGUGGAGUACAUGGAGAAGCUUUCCCACCUGGCCUUCCAUCCGGUCAAGAUGCAGUCGUGCUAUGAGAAGAUGGAGCAGCUGAAACUGGAGGGUCUUCAGCAGCGCUUCGAUGUCACCAGCACGUCCGUCUUCAAGCAGAGGGCCCAGAUCCACAUGAGACAGCAAAUGGAUGAUGCUGUGCACACGUUCGAGACGCUGCUCCACCAGGAGCUGGGGAAGCUGCAGGGCAAGGAGGACCUCUGCAAGUCCAUCCAGCGCAUCCUGGAGAGGGUGCUCAAGAAAUACGACUACGACAGCAGCACUGUGCGGAAGAAGUUCUUCAGGGAGGCCCUGCUGCAGAUCACCAUCCCCUUCCUGCUCAAAAAGCUGGCGCCGACCUGCAAGGCGGAAUUAGCCAAGUUUCAGGAGCUGAUCUUCGAGGACUUCGCCAGCUUCAUCCUGGUGGAGAACACUUACGAGGAGGUUGUGCUGCAGUCGGUGAUGAAAGACAUCAUGCAAGCUGUGAAGGAGGCGGCCGUUCAGCGCAAGCACAACCUGUAUCGCGAUAGCGUCGUGAUGCACAACAGCGACCCCAACCUGCACCUGCUGGGCGAGAGCAUCCCCAUCGAGUGGGGGGACGAGCCGGGCGCGCAGCCCGAGCCCGAGCCGCACGGGGACCGGCGCCGCAGGGCCAAGCAAGUGGUGUCGGUGAUCCAGGAUGACGACGGGGUCCUGCCCUACGCGGUGGAGGAGCCCGGGUCCCCGCAGGCAGCGGAGCUGGAGGAGCCGCAGCCCGAUGGGGUGCAGGAGAUCCGGAAGGCGCUGGCCAAGGAGAGCUGCGGGGGUGCUGGGGAGGUGGAGGAGCGGCUGAGGAACGGGACUGAUGCCAAGCGGGAGAGUGGUGCCACCGAGGAGGUGGUGGUGGCAGCGUCUGUCCCAGGUGAUGUCCCUUCCCAAGGUACAGCCAGGGAUGGGGACAGGGUGCACCGUGACACAGCAGCAUCACCUGUAGCUGAAGCUGUGUCAGGGGCUGGGGAUGCUGCAGCGGUGUCAGCGGUGCCUGGAGCCGAGGUUCCAUCUGGGGCUGAGGUGCAACCGGCUGCAUCAACAUCAUCUGUGCCUGGAGCUGAUAGCCCAUCAGGAGCCAGUGUGCAAUUGGCUGCAUCAACAUCACCUGUGCCUGGAGCUGAUAACCCAUCAGGAGCCAGUGUGCAACCAGCUGCACCAGCAUCACCUGUGCCUGGAGCUGAUAGCCCAUCAGGAGCCAGUGUGCAAUUGGCUGCACCAGCAUCACCUGUGCCUGGAGCUGAUAACCCAUCAGGAGCCAGUGUGCAGCACACCAUGCCAGCAUCACCCAAACCCAGAGCCGAUGUCCCACCAGAGGCCAAGCUGCCCCAUGGCACACCAGCAACACUUGGCACACAAGCAUCACCUGUACCAGAAGCCAAGACCCCGUCACCGUCCACCGGCUCAGUUUGCCAUCAGCCCAGUGACAAGGAGACAGGCGAGGAGGUGGCUGUUACCCCCCCACAGCCCCCAGGCACGACAGAGAGCAGUGAGGGGGUGCAGACGGAGUUCUAGCCUGCCCCCCCACCAUGGACUGGCCCUGGUGACACUGGGGGUUGGGAUAGAGGGAACAGGACCCCUGUGCUGCCAGGGAUGGAGAGCAGUGCUGUGGGAAAGGGAGGGGAUGGGAAACACCAAGACCUUAUUGCCUACGGGGGGGGAGACCCCGCUGCUGUGCGGGGCUGGCUACAGCCAAGUGGUCCUAUUGGGUCAGACUGGGGAGGCCCCAGCCCGGGGUCCCCCCUGCACUCUGCUCUGUCCUUCUUCUGCCUUAGUUUCUUCUUUUCUAAUGAGGAGAUGCUUUAUCUGUCCCUCGAGCACUGCCUGGGGGGGCUGGCACUAGCCCUGCUGUGGAUGGGUGCAUGGGAUGCUCCCGACUGCCCCAGGGAUCGGCCACUGGUCCCAGUUGAGGGUUUCCUGGGAAUGCCCACCAGGAUGCCCUAGGGAUGCCAGUGGGAUGAUGGAAAAUGUGAUGACAGGGAUCCAGCAGCGCUGGGUGGCUUGCACUGCUCCUAAUGGAGUGAGAGCUGGGGCAGGUGUGGGGUAACAGCACCCAGGCUGGGGUAACUGCAUCCAAACUGGGGUAACAGCACCCAGCACCCAUCCCUGGCUGCCCUCACUCACCCCAGGCCCUUCUAGCAGCUAAGUUCAGAUUAAAAGCUCAGCAGUGAAGGUGAUGCUCACCCCAUGUCUCCAAUGGGACUGGGCUGCCUGGAUCUGGGCAGAGGAGGGAACCCAGCUCUUGCUUCCCAGUCCUGUGCACAGAUGACGGCUCCAGCUCUAGGGCCCUGGCCAGCGCAGUGCUGGUGGGGCAGAGAUGGCAUCCGCUGUGGGGUCGGGGACAAGCACAGCCCCAUGCAGAGGUGCUGGUGGGGCUGGCACGACUCGUGUGUGUGUGCAUGGAGCAGGGACCAGCACCCCGACACCCGCCUGUAUUUUAGGUGCUGCUGUUUCUGCCUCUGAAGGGGGGUGCCCAGCCUGAACCCCCCCAAAAGUGCCUUGCUUGGGGAACUUAAAACCUGUCUCUUCCAGGAUAUUUUAUUAAUAAAGUUAUACAAAUGUUUAAAAAUAUGCUUAUAAUAAUUAAUAAAAUGGAAAAGCUUUAUUUAAAGCCA